AUGAGAAUUGUGUUACAGAAAGUAAGCGAAGCUAGCGUCACCGUUGGAAGCGCAGUUGUUUCCCAAAUUAAACAUGGAUACAUGCUAUUAGUUGGGAUUGGUACUGAUGAUAAGCUAGAAGAUAUUGACAAACUGUCGAAGAAAAUACUCACAUUUCGGGGAUUUGACGAUGAUGCAGGUUAUGGAUGGAAAAGAAACAUUAGCGAAGUGGAUGGCGAGAUCUUAUGCGUGUCCCAAUUCACACUUAUGGCACGUACAAGCAAGGGCACUAAACCAGAUUUCCAUUUAGCACAGCGUGGGGAAUUAGCCAAUGAAUUGUAUGGACAAUUUAUGGACAAGUUGAAGGCAGGAUUGGGAGACGAUAAGGUACAAAACGGUGUAUUUGGAGCCAUGAUGAGUUGCAAGUUGACAAACGAGGGUCCCGUGACUAUUAUCUUCGACUCUAAAGCGUGA